GGCAGUCUUCUCAUAGAUCCCCUCGCUUGCUUGUGCUUCGCGCGUCUCUUAUCUCUUCUCGUGCUUGUGUUUUGUUUGGACAUUGAGAGGUUAAUUUACAAUUAUGUCUUUAACAAACAGAUCUUUCUCGGAGAAUGUAUGACGAAAAUCCACGCCCGGGAGAAGCAAAGGCCCCUGAUAAUUACAGUACAAGAAGCUGGUUUUCAGGUGAAAAGAAAUAGGUUAGUCUAAAGAUUUAGUGAGAGCAAGUUUUGAACCGCGAGCUUGUUGUGAUCGCGUCCGUUGCGUGCGUUCGCUUAUCAAUCAAUGUUUUUGUUCGAGUGCCCUGCUUCAAGUGAAAUCUUCCGCGGGUUCAGUCUCAGUGGUACUUUGCCGUGAGAUCGACGUGCAAAAUUUUAGUGCAAAAUUAGUGAGAGCAAUUUUUGGACCACGAGCUCGUGAUCUCGUCCGUUGCUCGAAGACUCGGUGCGCGUUUCGCUUAUCAAUCAAUCAAUGUUUUCGUUCGGAUGCCCUGCCAUAAGUGAAAACUUUCGCGGAUUCAGUGGUACUGUGCUGUGAAAUCGACGUCCAAAAUUUGAUGUGUUAAACAAAUUGUUGUAUACCGCUUCUUCAGUCUCAAGUCGACUGAGAGGCUUGUUUCGGUCUACUAGUGCAUCAUCGGUAGUGUAUAAUUCAAGGAGUUAUGUUCUGAAGGCGUUGAUUCCUGGAUCGGCAGUCACAUCAGUUAAAUUUUGGUGUACUUAACAUGCCCACAAAUGCUCUGUAUGGCCAAUAUGCGAUAUUCUGAAAUGCCCCAUGAUGUAACGCUGGAUUGCAGCUUUGCAUCGUUACAGAUUUCAAACUCCAAAAAAUGGGACAGAAAAAGUGAAAACAGUUGGGUUAACGAGAACUUCGAUAGUGGUGUGGAAGUGAGCAGUCAUGAGUUACCUCUACUGGAUUCUCCCGAAUCCGAAUCUCCACAAUGCAAACUUAAGAGACAUCAUACCACAAAUGACUGCUACUCAAAAAAGAAGACUGAUUCCUCGGUUAUUAGUUAUAAUAAUCUGAAUAAUGCUGGUGAAAGGCACAGCAAAUCAAAUAGUUUACCAAAUAAUGCAACUUUAAUUAAACAUGUCGAACCAAUUUUAGAGGUGUUAAGGGUCCCACCAGAGGAUUUUGCAUCUCAACUCUCUCUUCUUGACUUUGCUGUCUUCCAACAGAUCUCACCUGAUGAACUUACCUCUUGCGCAUGGCACAAACGAAAUAAAUUAGAAGUUGCCCCCAAUGUUGUGGCUUUUACUCGUAGAUUCAAUCAUGUUAGCUUUUGGACUGUUCAAGAAAUACUUAAGGGGGCAACUCCAAAACACAGAGCUCAGUUAUUAGCGUAUUUUAUAAGGAUAGGAAAAAAGCUGUUCGAACUCAGCAAUUUUCAUUCUUUGUUCGCUGUUAUAUCAGCCAUGCAAAGUGCUCCUAUCUAUAGAUUAUCAAAAACAUGGAAUCAUUUAGCAAAGAAAGAUAAACAAUUGUUCGACAGAUUAGCGGAAAUUUAUUCUGAAGACUGUAAUUGGAAACAUUUAAGAGAAUACAUUGAAAGUUUGAAGCUUCCCUGCAUACCAUAUUUAGGAAUAUUUUUGACUGAUCUAGUACACAUAGAUAUGGCUCAUCCUCAUCGAACUGGCGGCCUAGAAUCUGAGCAACGGCAGCUGAAAAUGAACAAUAUUUUAAGAAUUAUUUCAGCGUUUCAACAAUCUGACUACACAUUUUUACCUUCUCGGCCUGAUGUUCUUUCUUACUUACGUUCAAUUAAAUUCAUUGAUGAGCUUCAAAAAUUCGUCGAGGACGAUCAAUACAAAUUAUCUCUAAGGCUGGAACCACCUUCUCCAAGUUUGUCUGCUUCCAAAGAAUCUGUAGUUAGUUCUUGUAAAAAUUCCCAGAGUCUGUCACCGACGAAAGGAUCAUCCUUACUUCAAUGCUCCCCUGUUUCAAAAUUUGUUCCUGGCCACAGAAAGUGUCGCAGCCUCGGAACAAAAUAUCGUAGCACAAGCCUUCCAAGAAACUUUUAUAAGGGAGCUCCGCUUUCUUUGGUUAAUACUUUGGGCAUCUUUAGUCGACAACCAUCAAGCACCAGAAUUCGGCAUUUACUUGAUGACUCAGUUCUUGAAGAGUUACCAUCCAGUGGAAUUACACCCCAAGCCCUUAAAAACGGAGGGCUCUUGGAGGAUUUUGUAGAUCUACCUGAAUCAAAAGAAUCAAGUCAGCAAGGCUGCUUGCGUAGGAAAACAUUGAUGAAAAAUGGACAUAAGCCCUCUAUCAAAUCGUGGCAGAGAUAUUGGGUCGAGCUAUGUCAUGCAGCUUUAAUAUUCUAUCCUCCAAAAUGUUUCUCUGGAUCGGAAAGAAGUGAUUACAAACGAGAUGCGUGUAAAACAUAUCCAAUUAAUGAUUGUAUCGUUCGCCAGGGAGACUCACCAGAUGUGUUCUUUUUACAUGAUCCUAACAGAUGCAACACCUACAAAUUUCGAGCAGAAAGUCAGUCAGCAGCUCUGCUUUGGUAUCACGAGCUUAAGAAAUCCCUCUCAAAUCUCCAACAAAAUCUUAAACCUCCGUCAGCAAAUCUCAUCUCUUUUGAAUAAAUCUCCUUGUUUUCAACAUUCAAAAUUAAUCGUUUUAAAAAACUCUUGAAAAUUGUCUCGAUCUCUACUUAAUACUUUCAAGAUACUUCCAUUAUCAUCAAGAGUGAUAUGAUUUUGCAUGAACCAAUUUUUAGUAAUUGAAGAAGCUAAUUUGUAUUUUAUGAAGUCUGAUCAUUUGCAAAAUUUGAUUAAGUACUUAUUCAUUAAUAUCAUUUGUACAUUUAUUAUAUUAUAUUAUCAUACUAUAUCAGUAAUACUUAUCCAUUCUCCUCAAGUUUGUUGUGUGUUUCAUUUAGUUCCUGCUAUCUAAUCCCUUUUUUUUAUGUAUCAGUCGUCAUUUUGUCUUUUAUUUUUUGAAUAAUUAUACAAGUAUCAAAUCUUGCCAAAA